UCAUGUGUCUUAGAGGUAAACAGAGGUAUGAUCUUGACCCAGCUUGACCUUGUUGUUUUGAAUUGUUUGGAACUUCAAAGGCUUUGAUAAUGUCUCUUUAGCAUACAAACAUACACAGCCAUACAUGCACUAAGUCAAUAAGCGAACACCUGGCUGCAAAGCCAGAUCCAUAAAUAUGUGUAGUUUGGCUGGCUGGUCGUUUCAUUCCUGUGAUACGCAACAAGCGAGUAAGAUGAAGAGGCGCUUCUCUGUGGAAGAAGCUAGGGAUAUGGUGAUGCAGCCGGCAACCUCCAGCGAGUUGCUUGACUCUUCUUCUGAAUCAGAAACAACCUCAGAAGAAGAAUGUGAUGUGGAGUUUGUAGUGGAGUCUGAUCCUUCUUCUUCUGACCCUUCCGCUGAAACUGCAGAGGAAACAGAAGAUUCUGGCAGUGGGUGGACAUCAAAAAAUGGUGAAAUCUGGUCUCCCUCUAACAACGACACGCUACGCUACAUUCCCGCUGCCAGAGGUUUGGUUCCAGGGCCCACGCGUUAUGCCAUUACAAUAAUUGAUGACGUGGAAUCCUCCUUCAAUUUAUUUUUCACUGCUGAGAUCAUCAGUAGUAUUGUCGACAUGACAAACUUGCAGGGGGGACGUUCGGUGGCAAACUGGAGUGAUGUGGAUGCCACAGAUAUUCGUGCAUACAUCGGUCUCCUGAUAUUGGCUGGAGUUUACAAAUCGAAGGGCGAAUCCACCCGCAGCCUCUGGGAUGACCACAGUGGACGUGCCAUCUUCCGUGCCACAAUGACCCACACCAAAUUCCGGUUGAUGAAUACCACCCUCCGGUUUGACGACAAGCUGAUGAGACCUUCCCGUCACAGAGAGGACAAGCUUGCCCCCAUCCGCUCUCUCUGGGAGAAGUGGACACAUCGCCUUCCGAUGCUUUUCAACCCUGGUGAAGAUGUGUGUGUGGAUGAGCAGCUUGUCCCCUUCAGAGGCCGCUGCAAAUUCCGGCAAUACAUACCAAGCAAGCCAGCAAAGUAUGGGCUAAAAAUCUGGGUCACCGCUGACGUUGAAACCUCCUAUGCCUGGAAGUGCCAGAUUUACACCGGUAAAGCUGCUGGCAGUGCUGCCGAGGUGGGCCAGGGAAAGCGUGUCGUCCUGGAAAUGACAGAGGGGCUCCAAGGGAUCACUGUGACUUGUGACAAUUUUUUCACGUCAUAUGCACUUGUGCAGGAGCUACUAAAGAGGAAAGUGGCCCUUGUCGGAACCAUCCGAAGAAAUAAGCCUGAGCUUCCAUCCAAACUCCUGCAGGUGAGGCAGAGAGCUGCCCUCUCCUCUCUUUUUGGUUUUACCAAGAACACCACAGCGGUGAGCUACAUUCCCAAACGGGGGAGAAACGUGCUCCUCCUCAGCAGCAAACACAGAGACCCAGCUGUGACAGAGGAGGAGAAAAGGAAACCUGUGAUCAUUGCAGACUACAACCACUGCAAGGGAGCUGUCGACAACCUAGACAAGGUUGUGGGCUCCUACAGCUGCAGGAGGAUGACCCAUCGGUGGCCACAGGUCCUCUUCCACAACAUGAUAGAUGUCUCUGCCUUCAACGCAUUUGUGCUUUUUACUGCUGUGGAUCCCUCCUGGAAGCAAGCCAAGUCCUUCAGGAGGAGGCUUUUCUUGGAGGAGUUGGGGAGAUCUCUGGUGUCUGCAAAAAUCAUGCGGAGAAAGCAUCCACCUCGUACACCGGCUGCUGUUACCAUAGUGGCGGACAUUCAGGCCUCGGCAGCUGCCCCUGACACCGGCACAAUCGCAAGCGGCUCUGCCCCUGACACCGGCACAACCGCCUCCACAAAAAAGAGGGGACUGUGCUGGAUGUGCACUGGGAAAAAAAGGAAAAGUGCAACCACUUGCAUCAGGUGUGAAAAGUUCACCUGCAGAGAGCACCAAAUCCCCUGCUGCAGGUUCUGCUGGAUGAACUGAUCUCUCUCUCGCACGCACGCACACACACAUUAUUUGUUAUCUCCAUCUAUCUUACUCCCUCUCUAACACACAUACUUGCUCUAUCUUCAUCCAUCUCUCAUUUUAUUCAACACACACUCAUACAUAUCAUUGUUCUGUUUUGACUGUUUGAUUUGUUCAUGAAUGUUGAUUGCAGUUUGCUGUUUGGAAAAUAAAUGUUGACAUUGAUA